AUGUGCGAUGUCAAUGUAGGCUACAUCAGUUCCUCGGUUCAGAAUGAUACCGCUCCUACAAUUUCUAAGGGAAUGAACAAAAAGUCGGUUGAGCCAGCCAUCGACUCUGAUCCUGCAACUGAGCGCAGUGUCAACUCUGAUUCUGCAGCCGAGCGCAAUGUCGACUCUGAAGCCAACCUCGGACUUGAGGCACUCAAUAAGAUUGCAAGGGCCAAGGAGAAUUUUCUGUUACUCACUCGCGGCAACAAGUACGCGUACCUUGACUCGCUCGUCAAGUACUACAUCAGAAAUCCCAAAUUGGCCAAAACUGCUUGCGAUUCAACACUCGAAAUGUGGGAAGACCUGAUGAAAGAAGUGCAGGACGUACUUGGGGAUAUAUUGCAGGCGUACGGGUGUGCAGCGGAGUAUAACGAGGCCAAUGCCUCUGUUGGGAAAGAGUACCGAGAGGUGUAUUACUUACUAGGAGAGAUCGCGGAAUUCCUCCUCACGGCUCCUGGUGACUUGGCUGAUUGGCAUGGAAGCGGUGUAUUCGGGUAUCAGAUCAUCGUUGAGGCCACCACUGAUAAGCUUCGAUUAAACUUGCCACGGGCCAGCCAAAUCGUUGUAACCAAACCACUCACCAUUUCAAUCAUGCCCAAAAAAAAAGUAUCCCUCUGUCGCACAAACGAAAUCGUGUCAGUCUCUCUGAAUGACAAUGAAGCCGAGAAACGAGCACGGAGACGCAAGGAGAAAGAGAUCCAGCAAUUGCCCUGUCGUAACCCCAACAAUCGAGCAAGCACCACGCAACAGACCCAGCUGCUCAAAGCUCUUCUUCCCAGUUUCCAUGCGGCACAAAAAGAGGCCCAAAUGGCCGCCUUCUUUGAUAGAGGCUUUGAAGUCUGGUCUUUGCGCUUCCCUGAUCCCGAGCCUCACAUUCGGGUCCAAGAGGCCUUGUUGGAUGAUUCCGGCUAUCGCUUGUACAUAGCUGACCUACAAAAAAAGUGGUUCAAGGACAAGAUGCGCUGGUAUGCCUUCAAGUUCCCCGAUCCAAGGAAGGAUGGCCCAGCGCUGUUGAAAUCUGUUUGGAUGGAGGAGAUGAACAUCGCAAUCCAAGAAAUGAUGAGGACGCUUUCUUUAUGCGUCGCUAUCCAUGCCUUCGAAACUUACCUAGAAUCUCCCUCAAUGGUCAAACGCAAACGGGUCAAGCCGGUGUAUACAGUUGUUCUUGAUUCUGGCGACGAGGCUGACACCUCCAUCCCUCAAGCGCGCACUGUUCGAAUUUCUGACAAUGGCCUCCGAAUUCUACAGACGCCUCGAUCCCCGCAAAAGCGCUCUACCACCUAUAAGCCAGAUUUUGGAGAGUGGAAUCCAAGUGCCGACUACGCCAGUAUUGACUGGAGCAGUCAUUCUCUGGACGACCUGCUGCAGCAACAAGCAGGGGAAGAAAUAAGCGACCCCACGGAGACUGUAGCCGCAAAAGUGGCAGCUAAACGUUAUCCAACAUCGAAAUGGAACGGUACAUUCUUUGAAAAAAUAUCUCUCAAGACGCUCGGACUACGGAUACAGCUCGGCCAUUUCAAUGCGCCAUGUGUUGCGCCUCAACCCGGACAUAAAGAUUUCAUAGUUAUUCAUACAAACGGUAUACACUACGUGGCAGUCGACUUCUGCGGCUGCGAACACCGGACGAUCUCCAAUCGUCAACAACCUCUUCGGGCUGAAUUAUUUCCUGCCACCGUUCACCAACCUCAAACCUGCACCACUCUUUGCGUGCUCGAACACUUCCACGCCCUCACCUUAUUAGGAAAACUUUCAGCCCAUGAGUUUUACAAAGCUCUUGAGUGUCUGACUGACAACACCGAACUUGGUAUACCUAAGACCUGUUAUAAAUCAUUCAUGCGAAUGGUUCGCAUGUACCGGCACCUUAAGCUCAUGAAGCGUAACGGCCGUGGAAACUUACAAGGGGGGCUGCAAAGUACGCAGCCUGGUGACCUUGCCCCUGGUUGCGCCGCAUGUCCCCGCCCUGGUGUGAAUCUACCGGACGACUGGCAAACCAUCGCGGCAGAGUGGAACGAUGGAUGCCAAUUUCCGCCUCAAGAACCUCAUGCGCUCGUCAAUUUAAAAAGACCCGGAUGUACGACGUUUACUGCUUGUCCGCCUAAGAAAGCUGACCCUCCCUUUUCAGAUAAGCAAUUGCAGUGGUUUCAAAACCUUGGCCCAUGCCGAAACGAAAUUCUCAAUGGGAGAUUUGCAGAAAGGCGAACAUUACUGCAACAUGGACUACAUACUUCUUUCGGCUCUGGCCCCACUUCUGGUGGCCUCGGUCUUCGUCUCAUACGAUAUCGCAUGUCAAUGAGGUCUUUACCCUCCCCCACUGUGGCAUGGUCACACUUCCGUGACCAUCCCAUUCCCUUCCACCACCACCACCACCCUUCACCACUCCCCUCCAACGCCGCCAACGCCAACGCCGCCCACGCCAACGACGCCCGCGCCCACGCCAACGACGCUCAUGCCCACGCCAACGACGCCCACGCCAACACUGCGGGCCUUGGCUUAUAUAUAUACUGGGUAUAA